AUGAGCACUCAAGUGUCUGGCGAGGCUGAAGGGGUCACGCUGUUGGAGGCGAUCAACGCAGGUCGGGUGCCGACGCCAGGGGAGUUGUCUUUCCCGCAGUGGCAGGCCUGGCGGCGAGACGAGGGACGUCGUCCUACAGUCGCGAGGGAUGGAAGAGGCAUCCGGACGCGAGACGAAGUGGCCCUUUGGAGAGAGGUCAUGGCCGCCCUCUAUGGAGAAGGGAGGGCCGACGAGUUGGCUUCGGAGGAUGAAGGGGAGCAGGCGCUGGCUAUCAGAGGUGUAUCUCCCUCUGAGCCGUACUCUCCGGAAUCCGCCCCUGGAUCGGUCGAAGGGGGCCGGGGGGCCAGUCCUCGUCCUUCCUCUGCAGGAUCAGGCGGAGGUGCCAGCGUGGUGAGCCUCAGGGGCAAAUUGGAUGCGCUUUACGACCCUACAGCUGAGGACUUCGGCGCAUAUCUCAUGAGGAUGGGGAGAGUGAUUAAUGCGCUGAACAGUCUUGAUGCUCAGAUCCCAGCGGGUAUGCUGGAAAAGGUCACCAGAAAGGCGGAGCUGGUGAUUGAGUUGUACGCAGAAUUUGGAGAGCUGAGCCGAGGCAAGGGGGUGAAGUUCUUAAGGGACAAGUUCGUAGCAACCGUUCAAGACGAGAAGCUCGACGCAACGGAAAGAGAACUUUCAGUCCAAGCCAUCGGCGAGAUCAUUGAAAGGCUCGGAGGACGGUUGAGCAGUAGCCCCGACAAGCUCUUCAGCACACCUUCGGAUGAUCAGAAAAGUGCUGGAGCAAGCAGAAAGGGGACGGGCUCUGCUCCGUCAUCAAAGGUGAGAGUGCCGGGGCGACCAAAAGGAAACGGAGAUUCGCCGAUGCAGGCCAGAUUGGCGGCUUUGGAAAUGGAAUUGGAAGCCUUAAGACAAGAAAAGGCAGGGUCUGACGCAGCCUCGAUGGCGAGCGGGCAGGAACAGACCCUGGCCGCGGCGCUUGAGGAACAAACCAAGGUUCUCAAGGAAGCGCUCGCGGGCCGAGGGAAGGACACGUCAAUCACUUCGGUGAAAACUGACUUGCAUUGGCCCACCUUGGGAGAUGAAAGAGCUGACUCCCGGGACGUGUCUCAGUUUUACGAAGAAUUUGAAGAUGUCUGUGGUCUGGCAAACUCUUGCCGCGGCAUGGGCCAUAGAGAAAUGCUUCUGGCGUUAAGGGCUCGUUGCCGCGGUUCACGCCUCAAGACAUAUCAGAAUAUGUACAAGGCGGCAUGGAAGGCCGGUGAGGUUCUCAGCGACCCAGGCUCGGUCUAUGAAAAGAUCAAGGCCAAACAUCUGAUGUUCAGUGAGAGCCGGGAAGAGCGCGAGAUCAGGAUUGAUGCUGAGCACGCGGCGCUGAUGAAGGGUCGCCUCACCGGGCAUCAGUUCGAGCCUGUCUUUGAAGCGUCGGUUGCGGAGCUUGAGGCUGUCGGGUUGGGGAAGACUCCUAGAGAACUCUUCCUCAGCUACCUUCGGAAGAUGCCGCCGUCGCUUCAGAAGGAAAUCAGAGCUGAUAAGAGGAUUUGGGGCGAGGAAGAUCGAAUGCGCGGUGCACAGACAUGGGAAGAGGCGCGCAGGGUGGUCCUUGAGAUUGAGCAACGUGAAGCCACCAAUCGCGCCACCGCCAAUGCCGUGUAUGCGGCCGCUCCAAGCGCAAGCGCUCAGAACCCAGAUCCUCGGCCGAACGCUAAUCCUCAGGGCCAGGGUCCCAAACCAAAGGCGAAGGCAAAGCCCACCCCGGUUGGAGUCACCGCGGGGGAUCCUCGAAAGGAAAGGCUCUGUUGGGAUUUUCGGGACCACGGAUCUUGCAGAAAGGGCCGGGAGUGUCCUUUCUCGCACGAUAAGGAACUCCGCAAGAAGGCGCUGGAACAGAAAGGAAAAGGUAAGGGCAGUCAGGAUGCGUAUCCGGCAAAAGGCACGGGCAAAGGCAAAGGGAAGAGCAAAGGAUUAGCUAACCCUUUCGCAGCUUUCACUGUAGUGACUUGCGGGCCAAACGACCCUGCGCCAAAGCCUGCGGUCGCUGCUGCUGUUCUCGCGGCAGCGACGCGGCCGGAGCAAAAUCCCAAGUCCAAAGCUGAUGUGUUCACUAGCCUUGACCAAUUGCCGAAGGAUUGGUGGAAGGUUGUGGAGAAUGAACGAGGUGGAUAUCAGUAUAAGACUGUUACCAAGGUGUUGGACAAAAUGGUAGAGACGCUGCUGGACGGAGGGGCUGGAUCCAACCAUGUCACUGAGGAGUUGGUCGUCAGCAUCCUCAAUAGAGCGGCGGCGCUUGGAUUGAAACCUGGCGACAAGGGAUUCCCGAUCGUCCAGUUUGAACAAUGGGUUUAUCCGGAGUUCGUCCACGGAAUUGCGAGCGGCUCCCCAGUCCCGCUCAAGGGGUCUGUGGUGCUGAAAGUACGGCUGCAAGAAGGCCCUGAUACAGAUCGGUGCGUGGACGGUCAUGAACUCUACGUCCGUUGCAAGAUCGCUGCCAAGGGAACCAGCGAUUGGCACGGGUUGAUUCUCGGCGGGCGCGCCCUCGACUGCGAGGCGCGUCGCGGGCUCGGUUUCAGGCCUGGACCACAGGCGCAUAUCUUGGACACCCUGGGCGUCCAGAUCCCGAGGUGUGAAGACGCGUCAUCCGAAAGGAAGGAUAGGGCUUACGUUUUUCGCUCAGUAGUAUCGGGCGUAGAAGCCGGUGCCGAGGAUUUUUGCGAACCAUGUACUGGCAGGAAGGCGGCGGUCGUCUUUUCAGGUGAGGAACCAGUGCAGCUGCUGCCUGGGGAAGGUGCCCUUGUGCCGGUUCAAGUUCAAGGAAAGUGGAUUCCGGAAGCUUCAGAGUGCGAGGCGGUUUUGCCGAUUGAAGGAAAGAUCGAAGUUGUUCCUGGUUUGUGGAACACUGGUGGCCGAGAGGGCAUGGUGCUGGUGACCCCGCGGCACGACGAAGCCGUGUUGGAAAAGGGUGACCCAGUGGCUGAGUUGAGGAGCGGCUUGGCCGCGUCCACUCUUUGUGAAUGCGGGGCUGUCGACACCGUAUUUCAAUCAGCGGGUCCGCCGUCGAAAGCGAGAUGCAAGGACUGCGGAGGACCCCGGAUGGAGGUGGAAAAUCGGAAAUGCUAUGCAUGUGGAGUCGAAAAGACGAAAGAAGUUCACCGCCUGCAGGGCUGCCGUUGCGGCCGAAGGCCCCGAGAACGUGCUUCUCAAGGAAGUAAAGCUCGAGGCUAUGGGCUCCUGGCUACCAUGGUGGGAUUGAUUUCGCUCGCUACGGGAGCACCAAGCAACUUCGCUUACGUGGCUCGUGAUGGCCGCGAAGAAAAGUCGGAUCACUGGGCGACUUUCCCUGGUGGAUGGGUGCGAGUUCACGAAAGGCCUCGUGAGGAGCUUUUCCAGAUUUCGAGCACUGAUUUUCCAGGUGAAGUCACAGCGGUCGGGCAGCGACGCGUGACUGUCGGUCAGUUUCUGACCGGGGAACCACUAAAAUGGGAAGAUACGAGAUCGAGCGAUCCUUGGGUUUUCAAAGGGCGCCAGUGGGUCGGAGUGCCGGGAGGAAUCGAGAAAAUGGCCGAAUCCACUCCGACGGACUUCUAUUAUGGAGAACUGCGGAAAUCACUGAGCAGGCGGUAUCCGGAGGCGAACCGCUUUCUCCUUGACCACUUGGUUUCUUUAGAAGCCUUUUUAGACAAAAGCAUCAUCUUCGGUUUCAGUUACGGCGUGGCCAAAGCAGAGCUCUGCAGCACGGGCGGCAAGCUGCUUGGCCAUUUGGUGGGCAGGCACGGGACUGCUCCGGAUCCGGAGCAGUCCCAGGCUGUCAGAGACUUCGCGCCGUUGAAGGAGAAGCUCCACAUCCAACAAUUUUUGGGAUGUACAAACUGGCUGCGGACGUAUCUGCCGGCAGAAUUUGGGCACUGCGCCAAGGUGCUCUCCAAGUAUCAGAAACCUGGAGCGCCAUUUCCAGAGGGUGGUUUGGGCAGCGCCGAUACCGAAGGGUGCCGCGCUGUCAAGGCCAUCAAGCAGAUGAUGUCCAAGGCAAUCGAACUGUCGAUUUUCGACGAAGCUGGCGCCAUUGCUGGUCUUUGUCCUUUGGAGCAGAUCGCCGACGCGUCUGGGAUCGCGGUCGGGGGGACAGUUCUUCAGAUGACGCGCGAUUUCAGCAGAAUGAAAAUCUUGCUUACGCAUUCGCGGAGCCUUACGGCGCCCCAGCAGGCUUGGCCGCCCUUGGUGCAGGAAGCUUACGCCCAACUGGAAGUGAAAAGGGCGACCCGCAAAACGUUCGGUUCAGUUAGGACACUGUGCUGGACAGAUCACGCCAAUCUCACGCGUUCUCAGCACAUCGAGAUAGGCUCGGAUGUGAAGCUCGUGAGGUGGGUGGCUGAGAUCCUGGCGGAUGGGUCUGAGAUCCGAUCCUUGAGCGGGAGAAGUGCCAAGUUAGGGGACGGAUUCUCGAGAAAUCCGAAGGAUCGGGAUGAAUUGCUUCAAGGAAGGACGCGGGACCUGCAAGGGCUUUCUGGUCAUCUCAGGGGAUUCAAUCUGGAAGAAUAUUUGGGAGGAGGCACGGAAGAUCCAACGGUUCCAGUGGCUUGGGCUGUAGGCGAUGAUGUGCUGCCGGCCAAUGGCCCUUCUGAUGGCGAGAACUCCGCAGCGGUGGUCAGCGGCGGUGUUUCCGGUUCGGAGCACCGCGCGACUAGAGAUGGGGUUGCCGAGGGGUCUUUGGGAAACCACUUGAAGGUUCUUUUCGUGGCCGACUAUGCCAAUCAGAGUGAUAAUGUCCUCCAGAUCAGUCAGGUCCAGGAAGGGAUCUCUCGGUCCAUGCCUGGCUGGAAGGUUUCGACCCAUGCAGUCUACGGGGCAUUUGAAGAUGAUGACGGCAACGGGUCUCACUUAGACGGUGCUACUGCGGCGCUGAAAGGUGAGCGUCAGGUGAAGCGCGCUCGUGUCGACAUGCUGACCUCAUGCGCGACCGUGCUUCGAAGUAUUGGUUAUCAUCUGCCGGAUUUUGUGGUUGGCAUGGGGCAAGGAGGCCUCAUUGUGGGCUUACUGCGAUUCCCUCUCAUGGUCGAGGUGACUCUGCAGGCAAGAAAUCUGCAACGGGAGGAGAUCAAGAAAGUAGUGUCCGGUUGGGCAGGGCUGAAGGCUGUGUGGUCAGUGAACCCGCGAAUGUGGAAGGUGAAGCCUAGCCCGGAGAUUCCGAAGGAGGAAGAAGUCAGGCAAGUGGCCGAGAUUCUUCAGCUUGGCUUGAUCAAGGGCCUGGCAGAGCCUCCUCUAGCUAGUCUGGCCCGUGAACCUGGCCGCGAAGUAUGGGAACACGAAGGGCGUUGUGCUUGUGGAAAGCGAGCGUACGUCUUCAGCCGGUGCGUCACUUGCAUCGAAAAGGAAGCCGCAGAGGAAUUUGCUGCUGCUGCUGAAGAGAGGGAAAAUCCUACAGAGGAGAAAGAAGCCGAAGAAGAGCUGGUUGCGGAGGAUCUUCUGGCGAUCGCCUCCGCUCCAUGCUCUAGUGAUGAGCUGAGAAGUUGUAUUGUCCAUGUCAGUUUAAUCCGGAAAUGGGCGGCCGGGUGGUUUGCGUCCAACGGUUCCGAAGGCUUCGUCGAGCUUCCUCGCGGACUAGGAGUAGUCGCGGGAAAGAAGUGGAAUGCGGGGCAGGAGUUCACCUUGCCAGUUCUCCCCGCUGAACGAAAGGCGUGCCAGUAUGGGAUCACGUGGUGUGUGAACCCGGACGCUUCCGUCACAACGGUUCAUAAUUGCGCUGAGAUCGGCCGUUUGGAAUCAAUUUCUCCUGCGUGGGAGCUCCACGAAGUCAAUUGGCACAAUCAUCUCAAGCUUGUCUUUGGCGUUUGUACGCGGCUGUGGGGCGCGGCGACGCCAAAGUUGGAUUGGAAGGAUGACUUCCAACGGUUGAUAUCAUUGCUCGGGGCACCAACGGGAGUGGCCAAGUGGGACGAUGGGAACGGGACGGAUUCCAUCGGUCACCGAAGAGAUUUGGCCGGAAAAAGGGUGCUUGUGGCGUUCCAGCUACAAACUGGGGGCGGAUAUUGGCUUCCAAUUACCUUGGGACGCAAAAUCAAGGUCAAUGAGUCAGGUCCAAAACCUACUAUCGCGUUCCUUGGAAGGUCUUGGAAUUGGAGGCUGAUUCUUCAUAUGAGGUCCAAGUUCUGGAUCCUCCCUCAGUGGGCUGGUGCGGAGGACGUGCAAGUUGGUGCUCUGGGAGAGCAAGAAGUGAUCCCGUCCAGGGAGGAGCUAGCCCUAGAAGCAAGGGCCGGGGCCGGGAUCGCAGAAUUCGAAGUGACCGGUUCGCUUCGAAGUCUCUGGUAUGAUGCGCAAAAGAAGGACGCGUCUCUGGCAGGUCACUUCCGACGGCCAGGAGACCCGUUCCGAGUCGCGUCGGACGGACUUUUGGAAAGGUCUGUCAUCUUGGAAACAGGAGAAAAGGUUACUGCGCAGGCGUCUAGAUGCCUGGCGGACGCGUGUUGGCAGGAAGUCUCGGUCGAUUGUGAAGGACCGAACAGGGAAGAUCGGUGGGGUUUCAGGUACACCCUCACCUACUUGGAUUGCCUGUCUCACGCGGUGCAGAUUGAACCGUUGCGGUCUCUCACGCACGCGGAGGUCAGGAGAGCCUUCGCUCGCUGCAUCUUUCGGGCGCGAACGGUUCCGACGUUGGUUCGUAGUGACAGAGGGCCUGAAUUUAAGAAUGCGAUGAUGGCAGAAUUUUGCGCUCUUAUGGGUCUUGGUUCCAAGCAGAAGUUUGCUAUGAGCAUGCGACCCUGCGAAACGGGCUCCAAUGAACGUAUGCAUCAGGAGGUGCAGAAGACGCUCCACAUCAUCAUCAAGGAGGUGGUGCGAGGGGAGACAGACGAAUGGUCGGAGCUUCUCCCUCUUGUGGAGUACAUUCUGGAUAACAGUCCGGGGGCGCAUGGUUAUACGCCCAGGGACCUUGAAAGAUCAUGGUCUCUCAGUUUGGAUUUGGAAAAGGACCUUAUCCGUGAAAGUCUGCAGUUUGAACCAGUGAGCGAAUGGGCAAGGAAACAAUUUGAGACUUUUGCCAAGUUGAGUACGAAGAUCAAAAGGCACUGGGAAAACGCCUCAGCUGCCAGAGCCAAGCUCGCCAACCGUUUCCGGAGAAGCCUUGAUCUUCACAUUGGCGACCGUGUGGUUUGGCAAUCACCCCUGGCACGGCCAGAGGGGGCGGGGCGAGUCCCUUGGAAAAGAGGUCUGACCGGGCCAUGGGAGAUCACGGAAGUUAGGGGAAAUCGCCUUGUUCUCCGCUCCGUUCAAGAUCCCUCGCACCGUUCAGUCGAAGCCCAUGCAGAAGAUUGUGUUUUGGUUCCUGCCGAUGUGGACGCGGAGGGUCCUAAUCCCCAAGCUGAAGUUUUGUUGGAUGACGGCCCGCCUGACGAAGCGCCGUCCUUAGGGCAACGUCUGAAGGGCGAAGGCGAACCAAGGGAAUUCGUCAUGCAGCGCCGUGGCCGAGAAUUUGUGCUCAGAAUUGGUGACGUGGUGGCUUACACGAAGGGGCACAAGGUUUGCCAUUUUGGCCGAGUGACGCAAGUUUCAGUUGAUGAGGGCAUGAUUGGGGUUCACAAGUACCGCCCUGUCACUGGGUCAUUCAGGGUCAAGUGGGUUUUGGCGUUUUUAAACGAAGAAGGAGCCGUGGAGGAGAACGGAACUAGGCCCGUGAUCGAAAGAAUCAAACUCAAGGAGGUGGUCACGAAGGCAGAUAUAUCAAGGGACGGAGUCCUCGCAGCCAGCACAAGCCGCAAAUUGGACAAGGCUGGCUACCGCCUUUUCGAAGAGCGGGUAGCCUCCUUGGUUCAAGAGCCGGGGACGACUGACCAGUGGAAUCAGCUGGGUGUGCUUCUGGCCGAGCUGUUUGAGGCCGAGGGUGUUCCGGUCCCUAUGUUCCCAAUUUUGGACCAGGAAGCUUCACGAUUGAGGAGCUGGCUUGAGAGUCACAAAGCUCGCAAGGUCGUGUUUUUAGAAAUUCAUGUUGACCACAAAGGACUCUCUGCGGCUGCGCGUCGAGCAGGGUUCUUAGCGGCGCCGCCUUUGGGGCAGAAUGGGUUUUCUUACGGGCGCCGAUGGGAUUUGGCCAGAGAAGAAGAUCGCUGCCUUGUCGACCUCCUGGUUCAGUGGCUUGAGCCUGGGGUUGUCCAUUUGGGAUUGCCUUCUGGACUUCAUGAUCGGUCAGGAAAGGGGUGUUUCUCAGAUUCAGAUCAGGCCAUACUGCGCCACGCUGUCUCUGUGUUGAAGGAGCAGGAAAGGAAGGGUCGUUUUGGGUCGCUGGAAGGUCCUGUCGGGAGCGCUAUCUUCCGCGGAAAGGAGCUCGUGGAGCUUUGCGGGAGCCUCUCAGUCCGCUCUGAUGAUAGGAAGGGGCACUGGGCAGGCGCAGGGGAUAAGGAAGUUGUUCGCCCGAGCGUUUUUUGUGAUGCUUACUGGAGUUCUGCCGAAGUGGCACUAAAGGGUGCCCUAGCAGCUUCAGCUGGAAGCGGCCUAGUGUUCGCUUCCUCUAGCGGAUCGAGUCAAGGUUUUCCUGAUUCGGUCGCAGAGAAGCGGGCGGAUGGUGGCCUGGUUGAUGUCCAGAUCCCCGAUCCCGAUGUGAACGUCAGCAGUGAGCUGACGACCAGUGAAAGAGAGGCAAUCGAGGAGGAGUUAGUCGACCUAUCUUCCCGCAUGGCUCAUUUGUGGGAUGGUCGAGCAAAGGCGGAGCAGUGGGACGAGGUCAAGUCUGACCUGUCGGUCUAUCGGCUGAGUGGGGAAAAGGUCGACAAGGAUCCUCGUAGGGAGGAGUCCUACAGGAAAGCAGUCGUUGAAGGGCUAGGAUUUGGAGAAAAUGUUCUCUCGAAACAUCCCGAUUUCAAUGCGGAUGAUAUCGCAGCUUGCAGGGAAGUCUUGCUACGGAAAGCCGCUGGGUUUUGGUUGGAAGGUAGCCCUCGCACUACUGUGCGUGGUGUUGCCCAUGAUUGUGUUCCAACAGGACCCCCCGUGAGUCUUCAACCGCACUCGCUGAAGGGAGAGAGUGCUGCGUGGGUCGACGAGCGGCUUGAAGAAGAAGUUCAUGCAGAAGCACCCGCUCACAAGAAGUCCCGCAAGCGGCGGCUGGUGGUUGAUUACCGGAAGGUCAAUGCGAGAGUCAAGAGAUCCACGUACUACUGCAGAAAGGCUACGGAUGUUUUGGCUCAGUGUAGCGGAUCUAUAUUCUUCUCUUUUGUGGACGCGGUGACCGGUUUCAACCAAAUAGAGAACACUCGAAGGGCCAUGGAAGUCCUGGCCAUCGUGGCCCGGUCAGGCAAGUUUCUGCCCGUGUGCCUGACGUUCGGACCCAUCAAUGGGCCGGAUGAUUUCUGCUACGUUGUGGACAGGGCUUAUGAGCCAGGUCGGGGCCGGAAACAACGGUUCGCAAAGGAAUGGAUUGCUUACGUUGACGACCUUACGGUUAGGACAGGUAGGGUUGUUGACGGAGUUAUGAUGUCUGAUGAAGAACACGAUGCCGAAAUCAAGGAAGCCAUGAAGCGAACGCCAGUCGUGGUCGGCCAGCCGGCCCCAGAAGCCUUGGAAGCUCUAGGUGUGAGCCCGGACGGGCUGAGUGUCGCCAAGUCGAAGCACGAUGAAAAAGAGUCGGAUCACAACCACCCGACUCGCCCGCGGUCCGCUUUUGCGGCUAGAAGCGCGAGCAAGGACAUAAGGACCUUUGCUAUCUUCGCGGGACGGGUCUGCGUUUCGCGACCUGUCCGCGUGCUUCGGACUAUGGGCGGCGGGGGCGGCCGCCGCAACAAAGGCUGGGGAAAUAAGGGAAAGCAAGCCCAGAGAGAUCCCCGCCACAACUGGGAUGACUUGGAGUUCCUCAUGGUCAAGGCCCUGCGGCACGGGAGCUGCCGAUCGAAGUACGGCGGCCACAAGUUGCGAGGCAAACUCCAGCAGGAUGGCUGGGUGGAAGUCAGUGAAGUUGCAAGGGCUUUUGGAGUCCAAGAAAAGGACAUCGUCGACCUGGUGACCUGGGUGGAAGGCGAUGGCCGGAAGAAACGGCGCGCAGAGCUGAGCAGAGAUGGGAAGUUCAUCCGUGCCGGCCAAGGACAUUCCACUGACAGCGGGCUUACCCGCGAAGACUUCAUAGACGAUCAGGAUCUGCCGUUUGGCGACGACACCGUUCUCGUCCAUGGGACGUUCCGGGAUCGGGUGGUCCUGAUCGGCUAUGAUGGCCUGAAGGCAGGCGGAGGUGGAGACAUGACGGUCAACAGGCUGUUCUGUCACUGGGCGGCAAAUGCAAUCGGCAAGGAAGGGCAAAAGUCAGGGGUCAGGAGCGGCACAGACGCCGCUGCCAUAACCACAGUGGGGACGUUACGAGCGCACCGAAUCGGAAUGCGGCUCGGUGGUGACAACGUCGUCCUGACCGAUGAUGAAAGGAGGGCGAGGUUCUCUGGACACGAGAUCGUGGGUUCACGCCUGCAGGAGCUGCCCACAAGUGAUUCUGAAUCGAGCUUGUCGAUCAGGGUCAUACGUGGUCCUGCGCGGAGCGCUCCAGUGGAUGGAGAAGGGGCCGCGUCGUCAUCUGCUUGUGAAGUAAAGCAGGAGACCUCGACGGCGGUGAAGGAAGAAGAGUCAGCCUCCUCAGGAGAGGAGGAUUCUACUUCAUCGUCCAGCAGUAGCACUGAUGAGGAGAUCACCGUGGAAGAAGAGCCCCCUGCCAGUGCAAAGAAGGAAGUCGCCUCUCCGGAGAGUGGCGCAAAAAAGGAGGCCGCCCCAAGCAGUAGCUCUAUGGAAGAAAUCGAAGUCGAAGAAGAGCCAUCGCGGGCCGGGUCGGCGUUUUCGCGACCUGGCCGCGAGGAGGACCUGCCGCGGGCCGGGUCUGCGUUUCCGCGAUCUGGCCGCGGAAUCCUCCCAGAGAACAAGGAUGAGACACCCGCGAAUAAACUGCGCGGGGAGAUGACGGCUGAAGAGCUCCGCGAAGUGUGGGCCGAGCCCCGACGGCAUCCGGGCCAACGGCUCAUAGAGACGACUCUGGCUGCUGCAGCUACUUCAGAGCUGACCUACCAGUAUGGGAGUGCCGGGGGACUGACCAGUCUGGUCGAAAAGCAGCAGGAGCGUCCGACAGCGGGCGGAGAAGAUGAGCUCCAACGCCGCCUCCGUGUGAUAGCCGGUAGCGCGACGGUGUCUGCGGCCGUGCGCAAAAGAUCAGGCAGAGAUGAGGCAGCCGGUGAGGCGCAAGACUAUGGCCGGGACGUUGCCGAGGCUUCUGCCGAAACCAGUGCGCGGCUUGCGGCGGCAAGAGCUUCGGGCCCAACGCGCGCACCCGUGCCUAACGCCGACAGCCGGUUUGCCGCGGGACUUCGGGCCGAAGAACCGGUCCGGAAACUCAAGAAGCAGUUGAGGUCGCGGCUCCGAGCAAAGGACCACCGGAAGGGAGUCCAGCUGGGAGAUGCCCAGCGCAGGCUGGCCGCACCGGCUGCCGUGGCUCCAAGGUUAGCAGUCGGGGCCGCGUGGAAUACAGAUGAUGGAUUAGGUGAACUCACCUACAAGGCAGGAAGUUGGGUCUGCAGGCUCUGCGGGACAGUUAGUCCUCCCGAUGCUAAUGAAUGCGUCGGUUGGGUCAGCGGGUCGCAGUGCACUGGCACAUACGACCGCGACUGCCGGCGUCUUGCGUCGGCUCGCCCCGCUCAGUCCGCAUUGCCUGCCGCAGAGAAAAGAAAAGCCAAGAGAGAAGCGGGGGUAACAAAGAUCGAACAGAUCCUUAAGGAGAAGUCAUGGGACUGUGAUCACUGCGGAAAAGGGAACCUGUCCUUCAGGUUUAAGUGCUACAAAUGCAGCUAUCCCCGUCCUUCUCAGCAGGACUCCUCAGAGGAGGAAGUUCGCCAGGAAUCGGAGGUCGUGAGGAAGGCCAACGAAGAGUUUCUGGCUCAGAAGAAGGCGCUCAAACUCCGCGGCCACCGCAAGCGAGCCGGGAGGCGCCACAAGAGCGAGGGCCAUAAGAAAAGGGAAAGGGCCGGGUCUGCUGGGUCAGCGGCGGGGCUUGCGUUUCGCAGCCCUCGCGCGACCAGGAGGAAGAGAUCGACCAAGAAGCGCCGCCGCUCUGGUUGGUCUGUGUCGCGAAAAGUCCGCAACAAGAGGGCCCAUGCGGACAACGGCAAUGGGCUAUCGGCCAACAAGCUGGGGUUGGUCAUAGCCGCCUUUUUGGCCCCGGUUGUGCGAAAAGUUCAGAUUGAGAUAGAGGAGAUUGUGGAGACCAGCUCAGAAGCGUUCCAAGUGGUGAUCGCAGAAGGUGGAUAG